AUAUUAUUCCACAGGACACCCAUCAACUAUCUACUUGUCAACCUGGCAGCAGCGGACAUCUCUUACGUAACAUUUAUUACACCAAGUAUUAUUUUAAGCUACAAUGUCGACCAUCCAAAGGGGAUCGCUGGCACAGUUUUAUGCGCAGUUGUAACAGGGGGAGGAUUAGCAUUUACUGGAGCGGAGGCCUCAAUAUUUACACUGCUUGUUGUUGCCUUUGAACGAUACUUUGCCGUUGUACAUCCCUAUGGAAACCGCAGAAAGCUAACGUUUCGCAAAGUGAAGGUGCGUUUCUUUGAAAUAAAAUGUUAUAUAUGUAGAAAUUUGUCAACACAAAGUAGCCUUGUUUUUAAUUUGUUGUAUCCGGUGGACAUAAGUUACUAUGCGCAACAGCCAGCCCAGUAAACAGAAUAGCCAUCGUGGUUUGCGCAAAAAGGGGAGGGUUUGGAGAUGAGGGAGAAAAGCGCGACAGGAAAAAGGGAAGGGAUCCCUUACUGUCUCUCCCCAACCCUCCAUUCCCUUUUCCCCUCCUCCCAAUCCUCAACCACUUUCGACGCCUGCUACGCAGGCUAUAAACAGGCCUUCUUCCUCGCAACGGAGCCGUUUUGCGAAGGAAAAUAGUUCUAACUACUGCAUUUCCUUAUUAACUGAGGAAGGCGGAAAGGCCUACUUUACUGUUUACACUUCAAUUGAUUCUGCUCUGUUGAUUUUGCUGGUCUUGUUAUACUCCAAGGUGGUGUACACGUUAUGGUUCAAGCACAGUGAUAAUGUACCUACACAUCAACAACAGGUAGGCCAUAACUUGGUUUAGCCCCGGAAAGUGGGAUAGUCAACAAAGUAUUACAUGGGGAGGUUCUCCCUUGAUGUCCGACCCCUUAUCCUUUUAUAUACCAUUUUUGACAGGAGAGUUACCCUUUUCGGGCGGAGCCUCGCAUAUAGGCCAUUACAGGAAGUACCCCCCGGGGAUUUAGCUGGCCUUUAACUCGGGUUUACCUCCUCCCUUACAUAUUAAAGUUAUAAUGGUGUGUAUGGCAACAAAAGGUUAUGGUAUUUUGACCAUUAUGGUGUUUUAGGUCUCAAAUAGUGUAAGGUUUCCUGUUCCUGAUCUUACAGUUUGGACUCUAAGGUUUAAUUUUUUCUAUCAUACAGAACAUCUUAGUAGGCUUCAAUCGCGGCUACCUCAAAUUGGACCCAAAAUUUAAGGUUCCAAGGUCAUCAAAGAGAGACAAGACGAAACAAUGGGUACUAUAGAUCACUCAUAUUGAACACUCGGGUAACCUGUGGUUUAUGGAUUUGUUUUGUACACAGGGUGUGUUGAGGUUAAGGAAGCGGGUCACCUUGAUGGUUGUUUCCAUCAGUACCAUUCUUGUAAUCUCGUGGGGAACAGAUGGAAUAUUGCACCUGAUAGAAGAAUAUGCUAGCUCCGUGAAACUGAGUCCUUUAACGACUCCUAUCGCGCACACGAUAAUAGUAUUUAACUCUGCCGUCAAUCCCUUUGCUUACGCUUUGCUGAACCAAAGAUUCAGGACGAAGAUGAAGCAAAUGGUAUGUCCGCGUUCUUUUGCAACAAGGGUUCAUUCUGUGUGCGCACGAUAGCGUGAACGACACGACAACGAGGUGGCAAUCAACACUGGUAACAUCCCUAUGACACAGAAAACCAACUGAGUGACAGGUUGAAGACAAUUCCCCGGAAAAACGUGUGUGUCUAUAGUAAUGUCACCCUACGACAGAACCCUGUGUCGUGUAAUCAGGUUUUCGUCUUUUUUUUUGUUCAUCGCAUCUUCCUUUCUGUUAUCGCUAAGUAGGCAAAGAGAAUCCAUAUAAAAAAGGUUAUGGUCGGCGCAAGUCCCUGCUACUCUUGCUUGUUUCGGCUGUAUAGUUAGUUCUCGUAGCGAAAAUCGUCCAGCAUGAUGUCAUACUAAGAAGAGGUAAUUAAGUUUCGGACUUAGCGAUCGACCCCGACUGUGACGACUGUUGGAAGUGGUCGAGCAAAGGAAGUACCGAAAGUAUCAAAACAGUGAAAUAAAUCCGUCAACCUUCACUCUUUAGUGUCAAUGCUUAAAUAUUAAAUAAAUAUUAUCGUGCUUUUAGUCUUCCCCGAUGAAAACAAGUUUCCUUUGGUAAAACAUGCCGUUUGAACGGCUUUUAUUAAGAUUCCCCCCAAAUUAACGCCGCGUCGUUCAUUUGAAAACCGUUCAGUGGAAUGUUAUUAUUAUAAUUAUUUAUAUAUUAUAAGAUUAUUGUUACUGUUGUUGUUGUGGUCGAUGAUGAUACUUAUUAUUGGGUUUACAUGUCCUGCGACAACUGUUAUUACAAAGUGCGCAGCUUUUUUAUUACAAAGUGCGACUAGUGUUAUUACAAAGUGCGAUAUAGGUAUUACAAAGUGCGACAGAACACCGUCUUGUCUAAGGUAUUUUUUUUUCUUCUCAGGUUUUAUCCUUGUGUUGCGUACGAGAUUGGCCGAAUUUAUACUAGAGACGAACUAUUUGUCUAGACGGAUAAUUCGUCUAGAAUUUGACGAAAAUUUGUGUAGAUAUUUUACGCGGGUUGCGAAAAUAUAGAAACCAGUCCCUCUCAUGUAGAAAAUUCGUCAAAAAAACCGUCUACGUUCCGUCUAGAUAUAAAUUUAGAGACGGAUCAUCCGUCUAAGACGAAUUUUCCGUCUGUUAGCACGUCUUCAAGACGUGCUAACAGACGAAUCAGACUCAGACGAAUUUUGCUCCAUGAUUCGUCUAAGCACCGAAUUUAUACUUGGACGAAUUAUUCGUCUCAGACGGAUAAUUCGUCUCUAGGAUAAGUUCGGCCAAUGAAGAUUAGAUUAUUACGGCAGACACUUUUUUCCCACUUCAAGAGCCUUUUUCACCUUGGACAACACGAUAUAAUUAGAAAUCAUUUUCUGCAAGAUGCUAUAAAUUACAAAACUGCUUCUUUAAUUUAAUUUGCGUACUUGAACUCAAAACAACGAACGCUUCAUUCUUAGAGAUUUGCACCAUCUGUGUUUCCCCCACAAAAGUUUGAACAGCGUGAAAUUUGCGAACAACCAGUUCAACGCGAGACGUUCAUACAUAUAUUCCCUGGAUCUUAUUGCGCACCCUUGAUUACGAAAAUUGCCCAAAGAUAAAGAAAUACCCUGGCCGUCUUCUAAUCAGCAUGAAGUCAUUUCUCCCUGUUUUUUUUUCUCUUGAAGGUUUGAGUACGUGCCGCUGAACAAACGAACUCAAAAUCUAUUCCCGUAUCUCUGAGAUAAUUUUGGAAAAAAAAGAAAACGUUUAUCUCCUGAGUUCCUCUUUUGUCCUUCAUUGUUACAGUGUCGUAGCGUAGAUUUAGAUGCAAGCGAGUAUACUUUAGGUCUUAUUUUCGUUACUUCACCAUAUUGAACAUCACUUGCUUCUAAGCUUUUAACUUCCUAUUUUUGACCACCCAUUGUCGUUAAUAUAUUUUUCCAUUUCCAAAUAAUUUUGACGGAGAGCUUCCGCGGUAAGAUCGCACCGCCAGGCAACUUCAUAAAAAUUUACCAAACUUAGUCAUGAAGAAACUGCUCUGUGGUAAAAUCGCAACUGAGGUAAAGGUUUGUGAGGGUUUAUACAAUUAAGUGGCCCUGACAUCAUAACUUUGAAUGGUUAAGGUGAAUUACAAAAGAUUCACAGCUACCCCGGCCUGACCAGCCAUGACUUCGCUAUCUGCUCUUGCCUUGUAGCCGUAUGUCUAUACACUUUACCGUAUAGCUCUUUAAUUAAUACGCCGGCACGAAAAUCAUUUCGGAUAGCGGCUUGUUCCCAUAAAAGAACGGUGAUUUUUCUGUAACAAAUUAAAGCGAAGAUACGCCGCGACGAUCUUGAAAGUAGGGGUAUAGAAUGGUACCUCGAAAAACUGACGUGGGUCUCAGAAAAUUUUGGCCCGAUCUCGAAAUCUCAGAAGCGUUUUGGAUGAGUCUCGAAUCUGUCGUUUGUUCUUUCCGUUUGUUCUUCAGGAGUCGAAUUUUUCAAAGUUCGUGGCAACAGCUUAUCGAACUGAGCUAUAAAAUUAAGACAGUAAAGCAAGAGAAAGCAGUAUAGUGGUGGGCUUUCGCUAACUUUCAUUGACGUUUUUGGUUAUUUUAGUUAGCUUUACUGAUUUGCACCAUUGCAAAUUUUUGGCGCUUAGAGUUUCGGGGCUCGGGAUCGGAAUUGAUAAAAACGCUCAAGUCUCGGUGUCGAAUUUUGAAACCAGGGUCUCGCAGUCUCGAAUGACCAUUCUUUUCCCCUGAAAGAAGAUUGUCACAUAUUGGAUAGGUGUAUAUACUGCCACGUUAGCUUUUUCAUGUCGACAUGAAUGUCUUCCGGUUUAUGUAGUGUACACAUUGCAUAGACUGAAAAUCCGACAACAUUAAUUAAUUGAAGUAGCUGUUUAAAUAUCGCUGCUAUUAAUCAGUAAAAAGAGGAUCUUCCUUGAAAAGCCGAAAGCGUAAAGGGGCUGCUAAAUACCAUGAUCCGAAAGGAAUUAUUUGAAUUAGAUGCCAAUGCUGGGGGAAAAAUUCAUCUUCAAAUUCAGGUAAACGUACUUUUUGAAGGAAAAGGGCUCUUUAAAAGAUUAACAUUAGUAAACCGUAAUUCAUUUCCGUCGCUGUACAAAACUGUGAAUUAACAAAUCAAACAAUCGGAAAACACAGGAUACAAAUUAUGGACCAUCUGACUAUAUACGCCAGUCUGUAUUCCUUUAGGUUUUAGUUACCGACAUGAUGUGUUACAAUAUAUAGAAAUGGGCGAAAGAUCAGAAUUUCGUCGCGUACAAUAAUUGUACAUUUUUACCUCCCGUUCGCCUUACGUUUGGUAAUUGUAUACAGAGGAAAAACCCUGUUUGAGCUGAAAAGAAACCCCGGUAUAGAUUUCUUGCGUGGUGAUUUGUGAAAUAAAUGGCUAAUGGAAUACCCAAUAGCUAACAAAGCGCUACUUAAAAUUGUUUUCACACAGAUUACUUGGGCGUAACACGACUUACAGCCUUCAGCCAUGUCUGAGGAGUCGGCUGCUGUCGCAUUUACAACAGUAACUUCCAUAUUAAUUAUCACCUGCAUCGUGGGAAACUUUUUCGUCUGUGCUGUAGUGAUGAAAAAUCGACAAAUGAGGUAAAUUUAAAGUAGUAGUCGUUAACCUAAAUACCUGAUCGUAUUUUUGGCAUAGGUGCUUGAUGGAUCAGUAAAACGGAGGCAACCCAGAAAGUGAGUUAUUUGGGCGAGCGAAGCAAGCCACGCGGGAACGCGCGAGCGAGCGGCGAAGUCGUGAGGGGCCAAGGAAAGGAGAGAGCUCUCCUUUCUCUCCCCCCAUCUGCCCUUUUGCGUCUCCUCUCGCGUGCCUCUCGCGCCUCUACUUUCCACGAGAUCUCCCAAAUGGAGAGCUUACUCACAGACUAAAAGUGAGUUUAAGAAUAUCUCCAGCGGUCGUUGAUUUUAUACACGGUUUGACUUCACUGAAGUUUAUUUUUGUGAUCAACCAAAACCAGUCGAAUUAAUUGAGAAAGACUGGAGCUUCGCUUUUGGCCUUGGCUGAAACGAUAUAUUACCAGUAAUGGCUGGAUGACACAACGGUUUUUCUGAGGAACCAAGAAUCGAUGAACGUGUUGUUGGAGCUUCUGGAAAAGUUUGAAAGGUGUCCAGGGCUUAAAAUCAACCCCACGAAGUCAGAAGCUAUAUGGCUCGGAAAAUGGAAAAAUAGAGAAGAUACCCCUUUCAACUUUAAGUGGCCAAAGGAAUCUGUCUUUGUAUUAGGGGUACACUUUUCGAACUGCAAAACAACAUGUGAUAAAUUAAAUUUUUAUGACAAAUUAGAUGCUUUGGAAAACACACUGAAUAACUGGAAGAGACGAAAAUUAACUCUACUAGGAAAAAUAAAUAUUGUAAAAUCUCUAGGCCUCUCAAAACUUAUUUUCAUGGCAUCUGUUCUUCCAGUCCCUGAAAAAUUCUGUGAUCAGGUAAACAAGAUCACCUUUAUCUGGGACAACAAAAUAACCAAAAUAAAGAGGAACACAAUUAUUCGCGAACGCGAGAAUGGGGGACUGAACAUGAUUGAUUUUUCCUUAAUGAACAAAGCCUUAAAAUGCAUUUGGAUAAAGCGCUUUAGACUGAAUGAAAUAUUCAGCGUGGACGGUUAUUCCUAAUGAAGCCACUUCACACUUGGGAGGUUUUCCCUUCCUCUUUAAGUGCUAAUGCAACAGCAAAGAUAUCAGCAUUAAGGAGCUACCACUCUUUUACAUAAGAACAGUGCAAUACUGGUUUGAGUUUAAGGAUAUGCAAGAUAAUACUAAGCCAGGUAUAAAAAACACGAUCAUAUGGAAGAACAAGAUAUGAAAAUUGAUAAUAAUACAAUCUUCUUCGGAACUUGGUUUAGUAGAGGAGUUUCCACUAUAGAAUGACUUUCUUGAUCAUAAUCUUGAUUUCAUUACUGACGAAGAAUUUAAAACCCGCUACCAAACAAACAUAAAUUUUUUGACUUAUUACGGAGUAAUAAACGCCAUUCCAAAUGAAUAUAAAAAAUCUAUCAAACAAACGAACGCACAACAAGAACAACCUACACACCAAAGUCAGCAUUAACAUAGCUUUUUCUAACACGAAAGAAACAAAGCUAAUUAUGUUCCAAUACAAGAUCUUACACGACAUAGUUUUCACUAAGGAAAAAUUGUUCAGAGCUAAUAUCGCCAAUAGCGAUCUCUGUUAUCUUUGCUUGGAAACAAAACAAGAUCUGAAUCACAUGCUAGUCUCGUGUCAAUUGGUCUCGGAGUUCUGGAAAGUUUUCCUGUACUGGUACAAAUCUCACGUUUCAAUAGGGCUAGAACCGGGGGGGGGGUACUGCCAUAUAUGGGCUAUAUAGGUAUGUGCCGCUGUGAAGGGUAUGGUUUUCAAGCAGUUUACUCUAGGAUAGGGUAUAUAAAUCAGAGCGUUUGGGUCUAGAAUAGGGUAUCAUUUUUCAAGAAACUGAUCUGUUGGUUGAAGAUUUUAUCUAGACUAGGGAAACAGCUACUCUAGGAUAGGGGGGAUCUGGGGAGUUUACUGUAGUAUAGGGUAGCAAAAUUUAGCUGAACUAGCUCUGGUAUAGGUUAAGGGUUCCAGGGUCCGAGCGGCACAUCCCCACCCAGAAAUUCCUAAAGUACCCCCCCCCCCCCCCCACCGGGGGCUAGAACUAUCAACCAUCAAUAUCUUGUAUAGUAUUACUGGUAGCAACCACCUAAAUAAGUUAACUAAUCAGCUCUUCAGUUACUACUUGCAAAAUAUUAUAUCUACUGUUGCGGUAUCACAGAAGAGUCUUUGUUAUUAAGUGUUUAUCUACAGUGGUAAACAAAGCUGAGAUAGAAAAACAAAUUGCAGUAAGCGUGAAUUCACCUCAAUAUUAUUAUAAUAAAUGGAAACCUUUAAUUGAGAAGAAGUUUGUUCGCUAGCUAUAUCUAAAUUCAACUAGUAAGGUUAUACUCAACAUUAGACUCGCAUUUUAUUGUACUUUUUUAGCAAGACUGUAAUAAAAUAUACUGCAAUUUAUUGUAAAGUAAUUUUAUUUUAUUAUUGUUAUUAUUAUUAUUAUUAUCAUUAUUAUUAUUAUUAUUUUUGUUUGUUUGUUUGUGUACGUGUUGAUAGCGAUUGAAAUAAAAAAUUAACAAAAAAAAGUAAUGGCUGGGGUCAUGCAGCAGCUGCUCGGAAGAGAAGUCACCAACGUUGCGUUUCCCUGACCCCAGACAAUACUAAAACAAUUGAAAGAAUGACAUGUCAUUGUUUCCUGCGACCAAUUAGGAGAGACCUCAUGAGCAGCUCCUACUCUACUCGGACCUACACUACUCAAUAGCUGACCAUCUUAUUCCACAGGACACCCAUCAACUAUCUCCUCGUCAACCUGGCCGCAGCGGACAUGUGUUACGUAACAUUUGUUACACCAACAAUUUUUUUAAGCCACGAUGUCGACCAUCCAAAGGGAAUUUUGUGCGCAGUUGUAACCGGGGAAGGCUUAGCGUGGAUUGGAGCGGAGGCCUCACUAUUUACAGUGGUUGCCGUUGCCUUUGAAAGAUACUUCGCCGUUGUACAUCCCUAUGGAAACCGGGGAAAGCUAACGUUUCACAAAGUAAAGGUGUGUUUCUUUGAAAUAAAAUGUUAUGCAGGUAGGAAUUUGUCUCGUCCGUAUGCUGGCACGUGUUAAGGCAAACUGAUUAAGAAACAGGUAGACAUAUCGUGGGCGGAUCUGAUGGGGAGGGUUGCGGAUGGUGUCCUAGUCUCGCCUCUCUAUUCUUACUCCCAAAUGCGCUUUCCUUAUCUCAGAGACGAACUUUGUAUCUAAGACAUUUUUUCGUCUCGAAAAAAAUAACUAAUUUUUAGAUGUGUGAUUCAACUUUUUAAAUAUUCUUUUGUCUCUUCAUUUCAGGUGAUUAUUCCUGGAAUUUGGAUCCUCGCAGCAAUAAGCAAAAUCCCUAGAUUCAUAAAACGGAGCCGUUUUGCGAAGGAAAAUAUGUCUAACUACUGCAUUUCUUUACUAACUGAGGAAGGCGUAAAGGCCCUCUUUACUGUUUACAUAUCAAUUAAUUCUGUUUUGUUUAUUUUUCUGGUCUUGUUAUACUCCAAGGUGGUGUACACCUUAUGGUUCAAGCAGAAUGAUGAUGUACUUACACAUUACCAACAGGUAUGUGGUAGGACGUAACUAGGUUUAGCCCGGGAAAGUGGGAUACUCAACAACGCGGGAGGCCGCCCCCUUCAUGUCCGACCCCUUAUCCUUUUAUAUACUAUUUUUGACAGAAGAGAUGCCCUUUUCGGGCGGAGCCUCUCAGUAUAGGUAAUUACAGGAAGUAGACAAGACGAAACACUCGGUAUUAUAGGUCACUUAUAUUGUACACUUGGGUAACCUGUGGUUUAUGUAUUUGUUUUGUAUACAGGGUGUGAUAAGGUUAAGGAAGCGCGCCACCUUAACGGCUGUUACCAUCAGUGCCAUUCUUGUAAUCUCUUGGGGAGCAGAAGGAACAUUGCACCUGAUUCAAGAAUAUGCUAGCUCCGUGAAACUGAGUCCUUUAACAACUCCUAUCGCGCACAUGAUAAUGAUAUUUAACUCUGCCGUCAAUCCCUUUGCUUACGCUUUGCUGAACCAAAGAUUCAGGAAGAAAAUGAAGCAAAUGGUAUGUCCGCGUUCUUUUAGAACAAGGGUUUAUUCUGUGUGCGCGCGACAACGUGAACGGCAAGACAGCGAGGUGGCAAUCAGCACCGGUGACAUCCCUAUGACACAGAAACCCAACUGA